UAAUAGAGCAAUAUAAUCACCUUUUGCAACUGAAAUGCUCCUGCAGUGUUGAUCAAUGGCAAGGAAAUAGCCUUCCUCGAACAGAAAAAAGGAAUUUUUCUUUAAAAUAUCAAAGUGAUUGUUUGGCCAUAAUUUGACAAGAAGUCCCGUUAUACCGGUUUGGAGCUUCUUUUUGUGAUUUGUUGUUUUUAUCAUUGAAUGCCUCGUCGAUUCAGUGAAAGGCGUCGCUGGUUAAAUUUUCUACAGAUUGAAAGCUAUCUGGUCUCCGAGCGAAGAAUGAACCGUGUGGAGUUCUUAUUUGCUUUGCUUUCUGCACCGUGUAGCAUUUUUACCUCGUUCUGAAAGCAAGUGAAUUGUUUGUCCAAGUGUGUGGCUGCAUUGGGGCACAAUUGCCAGCUCAUCAUAUUGAAAAGGUUUGCCACGAUAGCGAUACCGGUACACGAGUGGUGUGCAGCUCGGAGAUGAGGAGAAACGUACGUACACUGAUAAAGUACUUGUUUGUAUCAGGAGGAGCGUUGUUGUUUAUCACAUUGCUAAUCCGUUCAUUUAGCGACAAUGCUAAAAAUACUCUCGAUGGGGUGUUUGGGCCGGAAGCACAAAUGCAGAAGGAAUCACACGCAAGAGAAGGAUCUUUCUUUAACAAUCCAUCUAAGAAUGUGCAUCAGAAGCGGAUCGAUUGGCAUAACUAUGAUCUCAUCCAUGAAGAAGCCAAGCGGAGCGGUGUCGGGGAACAUGGAAAAGCAGGCCAGCUUGAUAAAAGCGAACAUGAGAUGAAGGAUAAAUUAUUCAAAAAGAAUGGAUUCAAUGCAGUAUUAAGCGAUAAAAUUUCUCUUAAUAGAUCGCUUCCCGACAUAAGGCAUCGGGGAUGCCGAAAAAAACAGUACUUGAGCGAACUUCCCACUGUAAGUGUCGUCGUUCCAUUCUACAACGAACAUUGGAGUACUCUGUUACGGACUGCUUCCAGUGUCUUGCUGCGGUCGCCUCCGGAGCUCAUCGCCGAAAUUAUCCUCGUUGAUGACUGUAGCACAAAGGAGUUCCUGAAGCAACAGCUGGAUGAAUACGUCGCCGAAAAUAUGCCAAAAGUGAAAGUAGUAAGAUUGCCAGAACGCUCAGGGUUAAUUACUGCUCGACUGGCUGGUGCUAAAAUUGCUACAGCUGAUGUGCUUAUUUUCCUGGAUUCCCACACGGAAGCGAACGUGAAUUGGUUGCCUCCAUUGCUGGAACCUAUAGCCGAAGACUAUCGCACAUGUGUCUGUCCUUUCAUCGAUGUAAUCGAUUGGGAUACGUUCGAGUACCGAGCGCAGGACGAAGGAGCCCGAGGUGCGUUCGAUUGGAAAUUUUUUUACAAGCGUCUACCACUUUUGCCGAGAGAUUUGCAAAAUCCCACUGAACCAUUCGAAAGUCCAGUAAUGGCCGGCGGACUGUUUGCUAUAAGUGCAAAGUUUUUCUGGGAAAUCGGAGGCUACGAUGAGGGCCUGGACAUCUGGGGUGGAGAACAGUAUGAGCUGAGUUUUAAGAUAUGGCAAUGUGGUGGCAAGAUGUACGAUGCUCCAUGCUCGCGCGUCGGUCACAUAUAUCGCGGAUACGCUCCGUUCGGCAAUCCACGCAAGAAAGAUUUCCUCACGCGAAACUACAAACGUGUGGCCGAAGUCUGGAUGGAUGAAUACAAGGAAUAUCUGUAUAUGCGCGAUCGCAAGAAAUAUGAAAAUACGGACGUAGGAGAUAUUUCACGACAGCUGGCGAUACGCGAGAAACUGCAGUGCAAACCAUUCAAAUGGUUCAUGACCCAAGUGGCAUUCGAUCUGAUUGAGAAAUAUCCCCCAAUAGAGCCACCAGACUUUGCGAACGGCGCCAUACAGAGCGUCGCCAAUGCAGCCCUCUGCGUGGAUACGCUAAAUCAUGGCGAAAAACAAACAAUUGGGUUGUACUCUUGCGCUGAGGACAAAAAACAACCACAGCCGAAUCAGUUUUUCCAACUAUCCUGGCAUCGCGAUCUACGUAUCAAGUUCGGUGAGCUUUGCUGGGACGUAUCGGAGAGUGUGCCAAAUGCCAAAAUUCUACUGUACCAUUGUCACGGCGGGCAAGGUAAUCAGUUGUGGCGGUAUGAGCCUGAGACGCAGAUGUUAAAACAGGGCAAAAAUAACCGAUGCCUCGAUAUGAACCCCAAUAACCGAGAAGUGUUCGUGAAUCCGUGUGAUCCUACUAACCCACGACAAAAAUGGCGUUGGGGUUUCAUAAAUGCGACUUCUAUAGCUCAAUGGAAUUCAUACGGCGCUAAGAUAAUCGAGUAGAUAAAACAUAUUAUAUUUUAAAACAGAACUGCUGUACAGUGGUUUGCUCAGUUCUAGUUGCGAAGUAAUUAGAAAGUUUUGCAUUGGUCGGCAGACCGGGCACGCUAUCAUUAGUGAAAACUA